ACACAUUCAUUUCUCCUUUUUAUCCAUUAUUCCAGGAAGCAUUACAAUCUGACACUUAAAAUAUAGUCUGUAUCGUUUUAACUAUUUAACACAAUUCUUAACGCAGGCAAAUUAGACUCCCAUAACAGAUUAAUAAUACAAACUCAAAGCCUUCACACAGAGCACAUUUUAAGAAACAAAGAAGAUGUUGUUCUCCAGUUCCUCCAGCAGGGGGCCGGUGGUGUUUACGUCCCCCGGUCAUGAUGAGCAUGCUCUGAUCGGGCUGUGAUGCAGGAAAGAGGAGGAGGAAGAGAAGGAGGAAGAGGAGGGGGGGUGCUGCCUUCCUUCCUUCCUUCCUUGCACAUCGCCGGGCAGUGUUCAGAGCCGGUGGGCGGUGCAGACCCUCAGAAGCCUGUGGAUGCUGACCAGAGGAAAGGAGAAGUCAGGUGCUGCUGCUGUUCGGAGAGCGGUGCCACAUUUUAUACUGUAGCUGGAAACAGUGCGUUGGAUGCCGUGGAAGGAAAAAAACUGUAUGAGAUGAACAGGGUCUCUUUGUCUGCAGGACCCUCUAUGAAUGCAAGAGAAGAAACAGACAACAAUAGUUUAUUUUUUCCUUCGAGAAACGAGUAGGAUUUGGCUUUGCUGGGAUUUUGCCUCUUUAAGGACGCUCCUUCAAACUGAUCUGAAGUCAGCUGUUAGCUGCUGGGAGGAAAAAGAGAUAAAUCAGUAGCUGUGGAGGCAGGACUCUGCGUAAACAUCCUCUGACCUGCUCAGGAUCUGCUUAUGAGUCUUUAUGGGCUUACUGCCAGGAGUGACAGCCAGAGAGAGGUGAUGCAAUUCAGCGAGAGCUGUCACUUUUAAUUUACAAUUGAUGCCUUGGUUGACGCAUCUGUGGGAGUAGGCUGUGUUUACAGGACUGGACAACAGACUGGGUAUAACUGAGAGGCCUUUGUAAACAAACACGUUGAAGGCCACAGACUCUGAUCACACUCGCUGCUGCCGGUAGAUGAUCUUUUCUCUGACGCUCUUCCUGUGGAGGCUCUAUCGACAUUUCUCCAUCAUGUUCAGCUCGGACAGACUCACGGUCCCGGAUUAUGUCAGCCGGCUACAGAGAGGAAGGAGCGGAUCCGGGACCGACCCAAGGGCGGUCUCCCCGGGCAUCAAUGCCGACGUCCAGGCAGUCUUGGACACCUCGCUCCCCGCCCUGCGCUCCGCCAUCAGGAGGCUGAAAUCGGCCAAAGAUACCUCGCACUCGGACGAGACCCGGAGGGCCAUCGCGGAGAUCUUUCAGCUGGUGGAGGAGGCCUGGGUUUUGCCCACCGUGGGCCGUCAAGUGGCCGAGGAGAUCUGCAACAGGAUCCGGCUGGACGGGGGCCUGGAGCUGCUGCUACAGCUCCAACAGACACCUGCCGUGGAGAUCACGUAUGAGUCUGCAAAACUGCUGGAGCAGAUACUGAUCUCAGAGAACAGAGAUUAUGUGGCUCGUAUGGGUCUUGGGGUCAUUCUCAACCUGACCCGACAGCAAGAGGACGCCCAGCUGGCUCGCAGUGUCUCUGGGAUCCUGGAGCACAUGUUCAAACACACCGAGGAGACAUCCGUACACCUCAUCUCCAACGGUGCCCUAGAUGCCCUCCUCUUCUGGUGCCGGGGGACGGAUCCCACUGUGCUGAGGCACUGCGCCGUGGCCCUGGCUAACUGUGCCAUGUACGGAGGCCACCGCUGCCAGCGAUCGAUGAUAGAGAAACAGGCGGCCGAGUGGCUUUUCCCACUGGCUUUUUCCAAAGAGGAUGAACUCAUUCGCUUCCACGCAUGCCUGGCUGUGACUGUGUUAGCUGCGAACAAAGAAAUCGAGAAAGAGGUGGUAAAAUCUGGGACCUUGGAGCUGGUGGAGCCGUUCAUCGCAUCUUUGGAUCCGGACGACUUUGCCCGCAGUUUACUAGACAGUGCAGACUGCAUGCAGGGCAAGACAGCAGCUGAUCUCCAGCAUCUCCUGCCAUUACUGGAUGGCACAAGACUGGAGGGAAAGUGCAUUGCGGCCUUUUACCUUUGUGUUGAGACCAGCAUCAAGUCUCGUCAGCGCAACACCAAGAUAUUUCAAGAGAUCGGAGCAGUGCAGAGUCUAAAGAGAAUCGUCAUGUACUCCAGUAAUGGUACAGCCUGUGCCCUUGCCAAGAGGGCGCUGAGCAUGAUGGGAGAGGAAGUGCCAAAGCGUAUCCUGUCAUGUGUUCCCAACUGGAAAACCUGUGAAGUGCAGACGUGGCUGCAGCAGAUUGGCUUCAGUGCCUUUUGUGACCGUUUCCAGGAGCUGCAGGUGGAUGGAGACCUCCUGCUGAACAUCACAGACCAGGAUCUGAGCAGUGACCUGGGCAUGACUGCAGGCCUCACCCGAAAAAGGUUUCUGAGAGAUCUGCGCGUGUUGAAAACAUACGCCAACUACUCCACGUGCGACCCCAACAACAUAGCCGACUGGUUAGUUGAGGUGGAUCCUCGUUUCCGUCAGUACACCUACGGCCUGGUCCAGUCGGGGGUGGAUCGCAACAAUGUCCAGAGCCUGACUGAUCAGCAGCUCCAGCAUGACUGCCACAUCGACAACGGAGUCCACAGAGCCAAGAUACUGUCUGCGAGCCGCAGGCCUUUAAAACCCUGCCACACAGAUGCCCAGCCCGCGGGGCCUGAUGUGUUCAUAAGCUACCGCCGGACAACCGGUUCCCAACUGGCCAGCCUUCUGAAGGUGCACCUGCAGGUUCGAGGAUACAGCGUCUUCAUAGAUGUGGAGAAGCUGGAGGCCGGCAAAUUCGAGGACAAGCUGAUUCAGAGCGUACAGCGGGCGCGUAACUUCAUCCUGGUCCUGUCCGCCAACGCACUCGACAAGUGCAUGGGUGACACUGCCAUGAAGGACUGGGUGCAUAAGGAAAUAGUCACGGCCCUGGCUGGUAAGAAGAACAUAGUUCCUGUCACAGAUAACUUCAUGUGGCCAGAUCCCAUGUCUCUGCCAGAGGAUAUGAGAGCAAUUCUCAAUUUCAAUGGCAUUAAAUGGUCCCAUGAAUACCAGGAGGCCACGAUCGAGAAGAUCCUUCGCUUUCUGAAAGGACACCGAGACCAAAUCGAUGGCCCAGACACCUGCAAAGAGCAGAAAAAGAAAUAAACUGACGUAAACAGAGUUUGAACUCAGUUAUGAUAACUUUCAAUGAUGCCAAAUUCCACAAGGCCUACAGUGAACUGGCCGGCAGCUUCCCCUGCUCUACCUAAACGCAUGUGAAGUGAAUUUGAUUAUGUUUAGAUUACAUGCUCACAUAAAGACCUAAUACGAUUAGAGCUAAUAUAUUGGAAACAAUAAACUGAAUUUUAAAAAAGGAAGUUCAGAUUGUAUAUAAUAAACUCUAAGCCUUUAAUGUUAGUAUCCUCAUACUGUUGUAUAUGUGUAAUCAGGUACAGUAUACGCCUUCUGUCUCUCAGGAACAUAACUGUGAUAGAUCAGCCACAACUGGUGCCCAGCAAAAUCAUCGAUUUCUGAGGCAUCUGCUAACACUUAAGUCUUCAUAAAAGUUAUAGGCAAUCAACUCAUAUGCUGAACAUUCAGAGGACCAGAGCAGGUCACAUUUUACUGAUUUUACUGACCUGAUGUCAUGAUGAGAGUAUCCACGGUGGGAAUAAUUUUGUACAGACAUAAACAAGCAACAUACUGUAUAACUGCACCCUUAAUUAAACCAAAUACAGAUUUAAGGAGUGUACAGGCAACAAAAAACACACACCUAGUAUUAAAUGUUUUCUUCCAUUGGUAAAAGUGGAUAAAAUCUUCACUCUCUCACGUACAUUAACUGACAGUACUCUAAAAUGCACUGGUUGUUAUGAAAUGCUAGAACUAGUCCAGGACCCCUGUGCAGAAACUCUGAGACACCAGCAGAUGAGAUGAAUAAUGGGUUUUAAUGUUAAGCCAGUGGUUAGAGCACAGAUUAGGAGGGACAGACAGCAGAGGCAGGCACAGAGGAGAAAACUCAGAGACAGGAAACAAUGGGGGAAACUAGAGGUCAUGGGUGAGGGAGGUUGUGACACUGGUAGCUCCUUGAAAAUGAUGAUGAUUCAAAUUGUUUAACAGUGUCUUGUUGACUGCCACAGCAACAGUGCAAUACAUUAAACUCUGAUUUAAUACUGUC